UCUCUCUCUCUCUCUCUCUCUCUCUCUCUCUCUUAGGGUUUCGGCUUUGUCUCCCUCCUCCCUCCUCCCUCCUCCUCCGAUGACGGGGCCAAACAUCGAGAUGAUCGCCGCGUCGCUCCGCAGCUGCUCCCUCGGCGCGGCGCCCUCGCCCCGCGGAUCGCCGCCGCAUUCGAGGGGGGCGGCGCCGCCGCAUCCGCGCCGGAGCUCGGCGGCGGCGGCGGCGGAGGAGGAGGCGAGCGACGAGAGCGAGGGGGGCGUCACCGUGGAGCUCAACUCCGACGCGGCCCUCCCCUUCCACUGGGAACAGUGCCUCGACAUGCGGACAGGGCAAGUGUACUACAUCAACUGGAAAGAUGGUACCAGGACCACCCAAGACCCCCGCCAUUUCCACCACCACCACCACCACCACCACCUCCUCCUCCACUCCCCUUCCCCCUCCCCCUCCUCCUCCUCCUACUCCUACUCCUACUCCUACUCCUACUCCGACGACGACGACGGCAACAACAACGUUAACAACGACGACAACGACGACGACAACAAUGGCGCCGCCUCAUCCGACGACGAUUCCACAACCGUCUCCGGUGCCCACAGCCGCUACAGAGGAGGAGGAGGAGGAGGAGGAGGCUCCUCAGCAUCUUCAUCCUCAUCGUCAUCCUCCUCAUCGUCGUCAUCCUACGCCUCCGCCUCCGCCGCCGCCGCCGCCGCCGCAGCGCCCGAUGAUUCGUCGUCGUCAGCGACCUCUUCUUCCGCCACCGCCACCGCCACCGCGACCUCGGUGCUCGUCGCGGCGGGGUGCAAGGCCUGCUUCAUGUACUUCAUGGUGCCGAAGCGCGUCGGCGCAUGCCCCAAAUGCGGCGGCGGCCUCCUCCACCUCGGCCGCAACGGCUACUUCUAGCUGAUAAUAGAGUACUCUACUCUACUCUCUACUCUUAUUAAUUAGCUCUUCUUGAUCUUAGUUAACCAACCAACCAACCAACCACAACCAAAUUUUUAGUGGGAAAAAAAGAAAAAGAAAAAAAAGAGAAUGAUAGAGAUGAUGAGAUUGAUUAAUUAGAGCUAUAACAGCGAGUAUAAAUUAUUAUUAUUAUUAUCAUCAAAUAUUAAUGAGGUGAGGUGCAUGGUCUCUUCCAACUGCAUGAAUGAAUGAAGUGUGUGAGCUUAAUUAUAUAUA